UAGACUAUAUUAGGUAACCAAUACCCAACAACCAUUGAUUACAAGCCGCAUUUCGGUUAAAUUCAAAAAUGGCUAAACCCGUUGUUAUCCUUGUUACACUCACGGCGCUGGUUGCUAGUUUGAGCCUUUCUGACGCUGGCCCCACUACUGUAGCAAAGAGAGCUAUCAAUGGGGCACAUCCACUCACAGAUGAUAUAUUGAGUACCUCAGACGACAACAGAAAUCACGAGUUAAAAAGAGCUAAAAGAUAUGGAAGCAGAGGGCGACGCGAGGUUACUAGUGCUACUGACAGCUCUAGUACUGUGGCCAAUUCAACAGAAGCAACUGCUAACAAGACAGAAGCGUCACAAGAUGGAGCAAGUGCGGCAAGCGAUCAUGUCACUGAUGCACUAAACACAACUAAAAAGUUAGACGACGUCACAACUAGUACCACUCAAACAGACACCGAAAAUAACACAGAAUCGGUGCAAAGUUCCGAAGAUGAUCCUUCAGCCAGUUCCUCCAACGAAGAGCAACCUGAAGAUGAGCAAUAUGUUUUUCCAACAUUUAUUGUUGAUCCUUUUAAGGCCUUAACACAGUUAGGCGAUAUAUUUAAGUUAAUGGUGGAUCGAGCCGCUCAAGUUGUGGAUACCAUAGCAUCUAUUGGUUCGGUUUUUAAUGCAAGACACGAGAAUGAAGGUGACGGUGAUAACGCAAUAUUCGUUACGGAUUCGUGAAGAAACUACUGCUUGGCAUCGACGUAAAUCAAUAAACGUAUUUAGUAUGACUGUGUAUUCUAAUCAUAGGGCAGCAAAUAAAUGAUAAACAUUUACCGAUAUAA